AUGCUGCAGGUGCAGCGUCAUGCUGUGCUACAGGCGCAGCAUGAUGCUUGGAUGGCCUCCCCAGCUCGCUCUCCGGCUGCUGAGGAGGAGGAGGACGCGGGGAUCGUGUCUUCUGAGGACAGGGAAAUGCCUCAAGCUGAAGCAGAGAUUGCAGAGGAGGUCUUCUCACUGUUCAUGGCUGCAGAGGGCUUUUGCUCUGAGAACGAUUCGGGUGCAGACCAGACCUUGGUCAGGGGAAUGGAUGCAGCCAGUUGGAGAAUGCUCCCUAUUCAGCGUCCCAAGCCUGGCAGCACGCGACCAGCAGCAGUAGCGGUUGUGGAGAAAACGGCGGUGACUGCUUCUGGUCCAGGUGGGGGUCUCAUGGAUGGGUCAGCAGCUCAAGAGAGUCUGAGGCAGGAGGUUCGGGUUGUAGCAGCAGUAGCAGCUGUAGCUGUUGUGGAUAAAACGGCGGUUACUGCUUCUGGUGGAGCCCUCAAGCCGCUUCAGGACGGGUCAGCAGGGAGCACAAGGCAGCUGUAUCUGAGUGCAGGUGUGCUGUGUGGAUGGAGGACAAUGGUUGCUCCUUCCGGUGGAGGUUUGAAGGAAGCGGUAGUAGUACCACAGAAGAAGAGGCUGCUGGAGUGGGUAGUAGGUGGGAUAUGUGGAUCAAGGGAUGUCUCUUUAAAAGUAUUAGGUGCUGGUUCUGGUGGGGGUCUCAUGGAAGGGUCAACAGCUCAACGGAGUAUGAGGCAGGAGGGGGGGUUUGCAGGUGCAAGGGAAAUGGCGUCAAGAGCAUUGGUUGCUGUUCCUGCUGGUUCAGCUGCACUUCAGAGCACAAGGCAGCAGCAGGGAAGACUUGGGGUUGCAACACCUGGAGUGAGGGAAGCAGCUUCACGAGUGUUGGCUGCUCUAUUUCGUGGAUCUUCCAGGGAAGGGCCAGCAUCUGCAGCACUGAAAAAGAGGAAGCUGGAAAAAGUCAUGGGUAGGACAUUUGGAGCUUGGAAGGAUGCUUUAGGGAUGUCAUGGGUAGCGGCAAUAAGGCCUCUAUGGAGGCCCUAA